AUGGAUGACUUAUCUUUAACGCUUGAAGCUUCGACAUUUCUUCAGGAUGGAAGUCACCAACGUCAACCAGACAGAUAUCUUGGUGAACUUGUUAAUGACAAUGAUAAACUUCGUCGUGAAAACGAAUCAAUGAAAGUUGCUUUAGAAGAAUUACGCAAUGCAUUAUCAGAAGUUGAAAAGUACAAAGGAUUAGAAGAUAAAGGAAAAUUGAUUGUUGACCUGACAGAGAGGUGCCAUCGUGCUGAGUCUAAUUUUGAAAAACAAACUUCGGAGUUUAAUGAAGAAAAGAAAAGGAUGACAUAUCACAUUGAAAAUUUGACAGCACAAAACAACGAACUUAAACGUGAUGUCGUAUUUUGGACAAAAAAACAUGCUAAUGCUGAAAUAGAAACAAAAAUUCUUAAUGACAAACUAACAGAAGCAUUAUCAUCAAUUGAUGGGUGUUCUACAGUUAAUGAAUCUGAAAAGGUGAAGAUGCUUGAGGAAGAUAUGGAGAAAAUGAAAACCAAUUAUGAAGGGGUAAUUGAAAAUUUAAACAAACAAAUUGAAUUUACAAAAGCCAAUGUAGAUUGUCUCACUGUAGUCCUUACUAAAUUUUUUGAAAAAUAUAAUGUUAUAUCACAGGAAGGAAUUGAAAAUUUUGGACUAGAAGAUUUAGGAGCUAGAAAACUUCUUGAAGAGGAAAUUAUACUAUCUUGUGGUGGUAAGCAUGUUUCAACUAUUUCAAUGCCGAAAAUUCCUAGUCCACCGUUGUCAUUAGGUAGUGAUCCUGUUAAAGAAAAAAAAAAUAAAGAAGAUGAUUUUGCACCAAGAUCUUCUAAUAUCAAUUUAGAUGAGACAAUAAAUUUACUCAGCAAGACACUUGGAAAUGCUUCUAUGCAACGUGAUAUAGAUUUAAAUCUUACACAAUCUGGAAUGAAUAAUCUUUACUCAUCGCUUUUGUUGAUGAAGGAACUUUUAGAAAGAAUGUUUGCUCAACUUCGUAGUGCUGCAACAGUCAUUAUUGAUACGCUUAAAGCUGAUGGUACUGAAGUAUUUAAAGAGUUAAAUGAUCUAAUGCUUCAAAUACAGUUGUCUGUUGACACGACAAUAAAUGAUGCUUCUGUUCUUGUUGAAUCUGUUCAAAAUCCACCUUCAAACGCUCUAAAUUUAACAAAAAUGAUGAACCAAACGAUAGCUGAUGCAAAUAUUUCAGUUUCUUGUGGUAAUGCUGUUUUUGAAGAUCCAAAAUAUGAAGCAUUGAAAAUCCAGACAGAUAAAUUAAAAGAAGAAACUAAUGAUUUGAAAAAUAAACUUAGUCAAGCUCUCGAAAGAAUUUCUACUAAUAAUUCAAAAUUGUUUGAACAAACUACAAAACUUCGUGCUACUGAAGAACAGGUCAAAACUUUAGAAAAUGCUUUGUCUGAUUUAGAGAUAGAAAAAGAAAGUAUUUCGACGGAACUUACCGAUUACAAAACAAAGUUUGAAGAACUUGAAUUAGCUGCUAAGGAAUAUACAGAACUUUUACUUAGUUUGAACAACGAAAGAGACGUUCUUAUUCAAGACAUUGACAUGAAAGUUGCGGAAAAUGAACUUUUGGGUGGUCAAAAUGAAGUCCUUAAAGAAGAAGUUAAGGAAAUGAGAGACAAAUAUGAUGCAGUUGUUGAAAAACUUCGACAGUUAGAGAGUGAGAAGGAAAAUGUUAUGUCUUCUUCACAAGCCACAUUAUUAUCUACCUCGAGUUCUAGUAUUCUUGAUAUAUCAAGAUCUGAAAUUGGUGAUAAUGUUUUAGGUUUCGACGAGCUUAAGACAUCUGUAUGUGAAGCAAGGCAUUAUAUUAAUAAAUUGUCUGAAUAUGUUGUUAAAAAAGAGGCAGUUGUUAAUGAUUUAAAUGUCAAACAUGUUCUUAACAAUAUCAUGCCAGUUGCGAAUAAGAUAUUACUACGUCUGAAUGUUGCUGCAGAAAAAGUUUCUACCGUUCAACAAGCAUUUAAUAUUUACACAAAUAAGAUUAUUAUGUCGUCGAAUAUGUCUGAGGAGAAAAAAGCCAAACUUUCUAACGAACUUAAAGCUAUUGUUUCAACGUUGAAGGAUGUUGCUGAGCGAUCCAAUGUUUUAUUUAAACAACCAGGUUCUCAAUAA